AUGUCGAGGAAGAUUCUCGGCCUAGGCCUGCUCUCGUUUCUGGCCUUCUCGCCUUCCAUCGUUUCGGCUUCGCGAUCACAAAGUGAAUGUUACAGCAACAUCGGUGACCUGAAAAUCCAUAUGGGCUCGACUUUUCAAUCAUUGGGAAUGUGUCAAUCGCACUGCGCGAAACAAGACUUCAGCGUAUAUGGCGUCAAAGGCGACCGGUGCUGGUGCGGCGACAAACUACCUCCUAUCAGCGCCAAAGUCUCGCAGAAAGAGUGCAACGAGCCAUGCCCAGGAUAUCCAAGUGAAAACUGUGGAGGCGAUGACGUCUGGACUAUCGUAUACGACUCAUCAACCAACCCCGAACACUCCAAACCGCAAUCCUCUUCAACCGAACCAAAGUCAUCGUCCUCGACUUCCGAACCCAAGGCCAUCAUGAGCAUCAACCCCAACCUCGUGGCCACCGGCGCAGCAAUCACCCAAACUAGCAUCCCGAACAGCAUCCUGACGGCGCCCACCACGGCGCCCAAGAACGCCGACGUCGCAGAACCGUCCGCGCUCGCCGCGACGCAGGCAUCGUCUUCGUCGUCGUCUUCUUCCUCGUCAGCCUCGUCUAGCGCGGACCCCGAGAGUUCGUCUAACGGUGCUGCGGGGCCCGCUGGCCCGGCUGCUGUUGGGUCGGUUGUGGGGGCGAUUCUUCUACCAUUGGUGCUGGGGUCUGCCUUUUGA